AUGGAGGUCAAUGAUAACGAACGAGUGAUCGUAAUCUCAUCUGGUGCACCUCAAACAUGCAUGCAACGGGGGAUAGGAGACGUGACUACUAUUACUGAUGAGUGGUACAAGAAUGGAGUGCCAGUGAUUUACAUAGGUAUUGGGGAUAUGGCUAACAAAACGGCUAUAGACAAGCUCACGAACGACCCCAAGAAUACGAUAAUGGUGCCUGACAUAAAGGAUAAAACGCCAGAUGAACUUGGGAAGGUUGCGGAUGAGGCGGGGAAACAAGUGACGGCAGCACCACCGAAGCAACCGACAACCUCAGUGACAACGCAGCAGCAU